AUGACAGACUCAGUUGCAGACUACAUAGUGGUAGGCGGUGGCCUGACUGGAUGCCUCGUGGCUUCACGUCUUAGUCAGAGUGAAGCAAGACCCAAGGUAGUCCUGCUGGAAGCAGGAACGGACCCAUCCAGCAACCCAGCUGCGGCGGGGCUCUUGAGCGGCCUGUCACUCCUCGGUGGCGAGCUUGAUUAUGCCUAUCAAAGUGAGCGCGUCGAGAGCACGGCUGACCGCGUCCACACCCUCAACUCUGGCAAAGUCCUUGGUGGAGGCAGUAUUCUCAACUUUGGAGGCUGGCUGCGUGCAGAUGCCGCCGACUACGACGAAUGGGCCGACAAAGUCGGUGACAAGCGCUGGAGUUACGAAGGACUCAAGCCCUGGUUCCGCAAGUCAGAGAGCUUUCACGGCGCAGGUGCCGACGCUGAUGAGCAUGGUUUCACCGGUCCUAUGCACGUCACUACAAUUCUUGCGUCUGAAUCGGGAGAACGCAAAUACCUGCUUCGCGAACCCGUAGAGAAUGCCUGGACCGAACUUGGAGUUACUCCCAACCUGGAUAAGAAAGGCGGUAUCAUCGCGGGCUUGACUGAAGUGUGCGAGAACUCUUCUCGCGAAGGUCUACGGCAGCCGUCGUAUUCGACUUAUCCGCUCAACAAUGUUCGCGUAUUCACUGAGACUGUUGUACACCGGGUCACAUUUUCCGACACCAUUGCCACUGGUGUGGAGCUGGCCGACGGCCGCAGGAUUACGGCGCGGAAGGAGGUCAUCGUCUGCGCAGGCGCGUACCGCACCCCUCAGAUUCUUAUGCUCUCAGGUAUCGGUCCGUCUGCAAUUCUUGCCGAACAAGAUAUUCCCAUCGUGCACGAGUCGCCACACGUCGGCCAGAACCUCCACGAUCACUUCGCCGUCUACUUCGCCUUCCGCUUGCGUGAUCCUUCCAAAGGAUACGCCCUCGGGAGUCCAUCGUGGCGAAAUCCCGCGCUGUUCAAGGGCCUCCCGUGGGACUGGGUGGUGAGCCAGCCUCUGCCAGAAGACAUCAUUACGAAGCACGAGCCCAACGCUGCAAAGCAGAAGAGGAACCUGUUCGAGGUGCUCACCCUCUACGCCCCUCCCGGCAUCCCGGGCAUCCCAGUUGACGGCACCCACAUCGCCACAUCGACGAUGCUUCUCCUCCCCACCUCCCGCGGCACGGUGUCGAUUCGGUCCAAAGACAUAGCCGAUCAGCCGUGCAUCCGACCGAAUUACUUCUCCACCCCACUAGACCGCGAUACUCUCGUCUAUGCCGCCCGCCAGACCCUGAAGGCCAUGUUGGCAACCACCUCGAUGAAGAGCAUCGUCGACAGCGAGACUCCACCGUCCGGAGAAGGCCUGGAGGGCUUGGUGCCUCUCAUGCCCGAUGCCAGUGACGCCGAAAUCGAGGAGAGAAUCCAACGUACAGCAACGCAGCACCAUCACUCAGGUGGGACCGCAGCUAUGGGCAAAGUCGUUGACGCGGAGGGGAAGGUGAUCGGUGUCAAGGGCUUGAGGGUUGCUGAUGCAAGCAUCAUUCCGAUGCCUAUGGGCGGACACCCGCAGGCUACUCUCUAUGCUAUGGCUGAACAGAUUGUGGCUAUGAUCAUUGAGGAUGCUUGA